AUGGCAUUGAUCUGCGGACUGAAAGGUAAAUUCCCAUGUCCGAUUUGUUUGGUCCCUCAAGAUGAGCAAUCAAUCUUGUCUCAUGAACUUCGAUUGCGGACAAGUGCUCAGUCUGAGGAGACCCUUCAGUUGGCCCGCACGAAGAAAUCCAAGAAGGAGAGGGAGAAAGUACUCAAAAGUUGCUCACUGUGUGAUGUUGAGAAUGUCUUCUGGAAAAUUCUGCUCGCCGACAUUCACCGAGCGCUCUCCUUUGAUUGCAUGCAUGCAUAUCAUGGAGGGCUCUGGAGGCACCAUUUGUGGAGGGAGCUUCAGUUCUGGAUAUCUGAAUGUGGGCAACAAGCUGCUGAGCAGAUGGAUGUGAACUAUGAUGCUUUUCCACGGUGGCUUAAUCUGACGCACUUCUCAAAGGUAGUUGGAGUUGAUUUCAACGAUAGCUCACAUCACGAAGAUAUAUCAAAGAUGGCUAUCUUUGCGGCGCAGAGGAUCCUCCGUUGUUCACAGAGUAAGCUCGGCUAUCUGCUUCUGCGAUGCAUACGCCACUACAUCAAUCUCGACAUUUAUGCCGGAUUUGAGGUUCACACUGAAGAUACAAUUUCUGCGGGAAGACAAGCUCUGCAGGAAUUUUCAGCGCUGAUGGAGGAGUAUAUUUCCAAAUCACAGCCUGUAACGGGCAAGGACUGGAAUUUCCCCAAGAAACAUGCAAGUUUGCAUCUAUUUGACGACAUCUUGGCAAAAGGCGCCACACGAAACUAUAACACAAAACCGAACGAGAAGAUGCAUGGCCCAGUGAGGGACAUCUACUGCAAUCAAACAAAUUUCAAGGACAUUGCUACACAGAUUCUUCGCUAUGAUCAUUGGCUGCUAACGUUAACAUCAAUGCGUUCUGAACUUGAUGAGUUGGACGAGUAUAACCCGAAAACCAACCUCCUAACAACAGAAGAUGCAAAUGCAGAAAAUACCUCAAUCUCUGUGGCUCCAGCUCCCUGCACCCAUAUAAAGUUAGGCUCGGUGCAAGGUGACAUCUCAUUUGCAAGUCUUGAGCAGUUGCAUGCAGACAACAGGGCCUUCAUUGGUUUUCGAAUCAAACUCAACGCCUUCCUGAACACAUUCUUCCCUAGUAAUGGCAUUCCUUUACCGGAUGGGAAGCGCAUUCAUCUGCAGGCUGACAACAAGAUUACUGGAUACCGAUAUCUGCAAGUCAACUACGAGUCUAUGGUUGACUGGCGCCAGCACAAAGACCUCCUUCGAUGCAACCCUGAGUUCUUCGGAUCACCACAAUAUGAUUAUUUGGUGGAACUAAUCUUUCACUGGCACUUGUCUAUCCAUACGAUGUUGGAAUUGGUGUUCAUAGCAAACAUGACACUGAUCUGGGGCUAUGGCGUGUAUGAGCUAAACCUCGGUCGUCUCCCGAAUUAA